GAAUUGAUGGGAGAAAAAUACAAUUUCCAAGUCUAAUCUCUCCCUCUCUCUCGUCUCUCUCCCAAAAAUCCUGUUUGCUCGUAAAGCUUCAAACCCCCAAACGAGUCACAGUCGCAAAAGCUCUCUCUCUCUCUCUCGGUUCCUCCCUCCAAAUCUCUAGCAGGACCAUAAUUAAAGCGCCCUCGAUUCUUUCUUUUUUACGAUCCCGCCCUUUGGUUCGGUACCCGGUUUACGUUGCCGCCUUCCGGUUUAGGAAGAAACGAGCUUCUUCAAUCUCUGAUUCUUUGAAGUUAUUUGGCGGCAUUGGCUGCUCAAUUCUGGUCCUGUUGUGAUAAUAUUUUAGAGAUUGAAGGUGUUUGAUUGCUGCAAGUGAUAUUUAGAUAGUUGGAUGCUGUAUAACAACAUAUAAAAAAAAUGGAGUUAAAAAUUUCAUCUCCAAAAAUAGUUCUUUCUCCCUCUGAUUGUAAUAGUGAUCCCGAGGAGAAAGAAGUCAGUGAUGAUGAUGAUGAUGACCGAAACCAUAAGCAUCGUAGGAGGGAUGCUCGUUCUCAAUCUUUGGAGAGAGACACACUUGAUCAAGCUUUUACAAAGCCUUUUAGAAAGCGGAACAAGACUUUUCAAAAUGGGAAUAAUUUCAGGGAAAAUGAUUCUCAAGCAAGUGCACCUUGGAGAAAUUUCAACUCUAACCACCAUCUUGAGAAAGACUUUUCUGGAAAAUUUGAUAAGAGGCGACCUGGCCACGCAUCCUUGCCUAGAUCAGCUUUGGAUGUAAAUCAAAGAAUCUGGCCAAAUCAAACUUUUUCAGGUGACCCCGGUCUUGCUAGGGGAAGAGGAAGGGAUCUUGGAUCAUGGAACCAACGUGAUCCUAGGUUCAGCUCAGAUAUUGCUUCUCAAGUGGUUCAAGGCUCUAUUCCUCCUAGUCUAUUUGCUGGAAGAGGGUUGCCAAAUGUUUCAAAUGCACAGAAUGCAUCUUGGAAUGCAUUUGGCUUAAUUCCUGGAAUACCAAAUGGGGGCAUGGAUACAAUUCAUUCCAUUGGUUUACAAGGUCCUCUUAGACCACCCAUUCAUUCUUCAUUGAGUAUUGGCAUUCCUCGCCAAAGAUGUCGAGACUUUGAGGAGCGUGGAUUUUGUUUAAGAGGGGACAUGUGCCCAAUGGAGCAUGGUGUCAAUCGAAUAGUUGUUGAAGAUGUUCAGAGUCUUUCACAGUUUAACCUUCCCGUAUCGCUUCCAAGUGCACAUCUACUUGGAACGAACAGUGGAGCUGGGCCUGGGUCUAUGCCAUCUAUUGGUGCCUCUUCGCUUACAUCAAUGAAUAGUAAAGGGUUGCAUAUCAACAUGAGUAAGCCUGGUUUUGCUGAUGAUGUUUUGGGGUUGAACGGCUCAUUUUCUGGCUCUAGUUGUGUGGCUGGAGCUGAUUUGUACGAUCCUGAUCAACCCCUGUGGAAUAAUAACGGUCCUGAAACAACUAAUGCACUUUUAGGUAUAAAUUCACCUAAGAUUGAUGAAACUGAAUCUUUGUUAAAUGGUGAUCCUUCUGAUAAUGAAUUCCCAGUAAGAAGCACCGGAAAUGCUGUUGGAUCACACAGUACAUCAGUUUGGGGUAGAAUUGGCGGUUCAAAAAGUAGAUUAGAUGUAAAGGAGAAGAUUGAUCCUCCAAUAACUUCCGCCGCAGAUUAUAUUGAGGGUGACAGCAAAGAAGAUAAGGUGGCAUCUACAGGGUUUCAAAAUUCAUUUCGCCCAGGAAAGCGGAUUAUUGCUGAGGAUGCUGGUCCAAAACCUUUGGAUUCAUCUGCAAAGGCACAAUUUGAUAUGCGAAAUAAUCGGAAACCACCUCAAAAAGCAUUGCGUACUUUAUUUGUCAAUGGGAUUCCUCAUAAAAACAACAAAAGGGAGGCUCUUCUUUCUCAUUUUCAGAAGUUUGGAGAGGUUAUUGACAUUUACAUACCAUUGAGUAGUGAGCGAGCUUUUGUCCAGUUUUCAAAGAGGGAAGAAGCUGACGCAGCUUUGAACUCACCUGAUGCUGUAAUGGGUAAUCGCUUUAUCAAGCUUUUUUGGGCAAAUCGUGACAGUAUUCCUGACGAUAGUAGUGGCCCUGGCACUAGCGUUUCUGCAACACCCCGUGGUGCUGUUCCACCCCAUUCAUCUGUUGCAAGUAGUAGUAAAGACAGUGUCCAAGCCGCUGCACCAAAGAGUAGUUUGGUUCAUGCUCACGAUACUUCUGUAGCUGCCUUUGACAACCCGAGGCCCAUCGUCUCAAAUGGUUCCAAGGCUACACCUCCCUUACACAAGAAGCUAGAAACUAUAGAGCAAUUGAAGAUAGAACUCCGCAAGAAGCAGGAAAUGCUGGACCAGAAGCGAAAUGAUUUCCGCCGCAAGUUGGACAAACUCAACAAACAGGCUACAGGAACCAAGGGGGAGUUAGACAUGGAACAGCCUACCAAGAGACCAAAAGUGGAGAUAGCAGCUGAUGUUGCCAAAGCUGCAACUCCAAGGUCUUCUGAUUCUGCCCCUGUUGUCAUAUCACAACAUGCUGAUACGAUGUCUGACAAGAACAAGGGGGAAAAUGCACUCUCCCAUUGUCCUAAAACUAAUACAGUGUCUGACAAGAACAAGGGAGAAAAUGCAGUCUCUCACACUCCUAAAUCCAAUACAACUGCCGUGCUGCAGGAAUCUAUGGGUUCAAAGCAGCACCCAGUACGUCCUUUUACACCAGUGGGGUCCCCUUUUCUGGUGAACAGAUACAAGUUAGACAAUCGUCCUACUGCAUUUAGAAUCCUUCCACCUUUACCCACUGGUUUUGCUAAUGUUGCUGUGAUGAGGGAACACUUUUUACCAUACGGCGACAUAUCCAAUGUGGAGCUAGAAGCUGUGGAAGCUUGUAAUGGCAGUAGUGAGUCAGAGUUAUCAAAAGAGUGCUCGGCUUGCAUAAGUUUCAUAGCACGUCGCUCAGCAGAGAGGGCAUUUACUAGUGGGAAAUCCUGGCAAGGACAUGAUUUGAAAUUUGUGUGGCUGCCAUCAAGUAACCCUAGCAAUGACCAAAGUGGUGGAAGAGAAAACUCACCAUCGGCUGCUUCUAAGGAGGGUGGUGAAAAUGCAACAGCGGGUAUUGUUCCCCAAGAAGUUGCUUCCUCAGGAAGUGAGGAACAUGAAAAUCAAGAGAAAAAGUGUGUCAAGAAUGAUGCAAUACAAGGCGAAGAAGAAUGUCAGGCGAGCCCGAUGUCUGAUAAGGAAGUCACCUAGGGGAUACAUUUUGAGGAUGGACUAAUAAUCAAGAGUUGUACAGUCAGGUAAAAGUGUUAAAAUGUUAGAAGAAACUCUAAUUUUUCCGAAUCCCUCUCCCUCUUUUUUUAUUGGUAAAAUUUGAUUUUUCAAUAUCUGUAUUUUAUGGACAUGUCUAAAGGGAAAUCUCCUUAUUUUUGACUGCCCACCUAAGGUGACUUGGUCAGUAUUAGUUGAGUGGUGAAUUUGGAUAUGUCUAGGACCAGAAGAACUUGAAGUUGAAUUUUCUGUUGAAAUUUAAUCAAAUGUUUACAUAAAGAAUUUAUAUAUAUAUAUGGGGUUUCAUUCCCCUUCAGUUUUUCCCCA